CCUGUUUAAUGUUUGCCGUUUGCGGUAUUUUUAUCGUAAUUUUCCAUUAAUUUCUGUAUAUGUAUUGUUAAUUAUUUAAAAGUGUGUUGUAUUGGAAUUUGUAACUUUCUAUAAAGCAUCAUGAUGGAUGUGAAAUCGUUUCUGCAUUCUUGGACGGCUAAAAAGGGUCUCACACCGAUCUUCGAUGUCCGAGCUACAGGACCAAAACAUCGGCAACGUUUCCUCUGUGAGGUGCGUGUGGAAGGUAUAUCCUAUGUUGGAGCUGGAAACUCCAUGACGAAGAAAGAAGCUCAGAUGAAUGCAUCCAGAGAUUUCAUCAACUAUUUGGUGAGGGCAGGACAAGUGGCCGCAGCUGAUGUACCUGAGGAUGUGAAGGUUAAAACUGAACCAGACAAUGGUAGCCAGGAGUCACAAUCUAUUGCUGGACCAGGUUCAAUGAAUCAAAGAUCAGUUUUUCAGCAAGGAAUGGGUCCAGAAAGUAUGGGUCAAGCUUACCAAGCAUAUGGUGGUCAAAGUGAGAACUACACAUACAUAGAUCGGCUCCAACAGCAGAAGAAUGUGGAGGAGGCUGAGGAUCUAGAUGUCAAUGCCAGUCUCCAUGGAAACUGGACAAUGGAAAAUGCAAAGUCAAAACUGCAUCAGUUUAUGCAAAUUAAUAAAAUCAAUGCUGAUUAUAUUUAUAAGGCUGUAGGGCCUGACCAUACACGGAGUUUCUGUUGCGAGAUGACAAUAUACGUCCGUCAACUGGGAAGAAACGUGACCGGCCGCGAGACCGCAUCCAACAAGCAAACGGCCAGCAAGUCUUGUGCGUUAUCGCUCGUGCGUCAGUUGUAUCAUCUUGGUGUGAUUGAGGCUUUCAGCGGCACUCUCAAGAAAGACAGAUCAUCAGAAGGCAUAAUGAAGCCUUAUCCAGUGGCAAUAAGUCCUGAACUUGAAGAACAAUUGGAGGAGGCAUUGAAAGAGCUCGACAUUGUCCCCGUGGACGUGGAGUCCGCUCGUACUGAAGCGGUCGAAGGCGAAGAGAGCCACGGAGUAACGUUACUGCAGUUGGACCGCGUGAAGGCUAUGCGCGAGGCGCGGCCAGCGCCCUCUGGUGUGGUUUCCUGGUCGCCGCCCCAGUCUAACUGGAAUGCAUGGACCGGGUGCAAUAUCGAUGAGGGGCCUCUUGCCACAACUAGUUUAGAUGAAAUCAGUUCUGAUUUGGAGAAAAAUCAUAGAGAGAAGAUUCAAAACAGUCAACUUUAUCAAGAGAGUAUACGCGAGCGUGAACAACUGCCUGUAUACGCGAUGCGAUCCGAGAUUAUGAACGCAAUCAAUGACAACUCUGUUGUCAUUAUUAGAGGCAACACCGGCUGCGGGAAAACCACACAGGUGUGUCAGUUCAUCCUGGAUGAUUACAUCGCGAGCGGUCAGGGCGCGUGGGCGAACGUAUGCGUUACGCAACCGCGUCGUAUCUCCGCAGUCAGCGUGUCCGAGCGAGUCGCCAACGAACGGUGCGAGGAACUGGGAAAUUCUGUCGGUUACUCGGUGCGUUUCGAGUCCGUUUUGCCGCGGCCAUACGCUUCAAUCAUGUUCUGUACGGUGGGCGUGCUACUGAGGAAACUGGAAGGCGGCUUACGCGGUGUCAGCCACGUGCUUGUCGAUGAGGUGCACGAGCGUGACGCAGAUACAGAUUUCGCGUUGAUCCUCUUGCGCGACAUGGCGCAUACGUAUCCUGAUCUCCGCAUCAUUCUUAUGUCCGCCACCGUCGACACCACUCUCUUCACCAAUUACUUCGGAAACUGCCCGGUUAUAGAGGUGCCCGGCCGCACAUUCCCUGUCCGUCAAUACUUCUUGGAGGACUGCAUCCAGCUGACCAAUUUUACGCCACCCCCUGACACGCGCAAACGCAAGUCGUCAGGCAAGAAAGCCAACAAAAAUGACGACGAUGAUGAUGAUGAUGAAGGCCUCGGUGCCGACGAACAAGAUGAAGACUUAAACAAGAAUUGUCAACUAGGCUCUGAAUACAGUCCGGAGACUAUUAACUCGAUGAGACAGUUAUCUGAAAAAGAUCUAAGCUUCGAGCUAAUCGAAGCUAUACUACUGCACAUCAACUCAUUGGAAGGAGAUGGUGCUGUACUAGUGUUCCUGCCGGGCUGGAAUUUAAUUUUUGCACUCAUGAAACACCUCACCCAGCAUAGGAUCUUCGGAGACACAUCUAAAUAUAUUAUCCUGCCAUUACAUAGUCAGAUCCCAAGGGAUGACCAAAAGAAAGUGUUUGUCACACCCCCACCAGGCAUUAUUAAGGUUAUCUUGUCAACGAACAUCGCAGAGACAUCUAUAACAAUUAACGACGUUGUGUAUGUGAUUGAUUCAUGCAAAGCGAAAAUGAAAUUAUUUACAUCACAUAAUAACAUGACUUCGUAUGCUACCGUGUGGGCUAGCAGGACCAAUUUGGAACAGCGUAAAGGACGAGCGGGUCGCGUCCGUCCCGGAGAAUGCUUCACGCUGUGUUCGCGCGCUCGCUACGAGCGACUAGAGGAACACCAAACUGCCGAGAUGUUUAGGACACCACUGCAUGAACUCGCACUCAGCAUCAAACUUCUCCGGUUGGGUAGCAUUGGUCAUUUCCUAUCGAAGGCCCCUGAACCACCGCCAUUGGACGCGGUGAUUGAAGCGGAGGCACUGCUUCGCGAGCUAGGAUGCCUCGACCCUUCUGCUGGGGAUGCGCUCACUCCCCUAGGAACUAUUCUCGCCAAGCUGCCCAUAGAGCCACGACUGGGCAAGAUGAUGGUACUGGGCUUUGUGCUUGGUGUGGGCGACGCGCUAACCACGAUGGCGGCCAACUCGACCACGUUCCCGGAGAUCUUCGCGCUGGAAGGCCGUCGGAGGCUUUCGAUGCACCAGCGGGCGCUCGCCGGAGACCGCGCCUCCGACCACGUCGCUAUGCUCAACGCAUUUCAAAUGUGGGAGAGAGAGCAUGCCAAAGGAGAAGAACAAGAAAUAAAAUGGUGCGAGUGGAAGGGUGUACAGCAAACUACAUUGCGUGUGACAUAUGAAGCUAAAUAUCAACUCAUGAAUAUCCUUACAUCAGCUGUUGGAUUUUCGGAGGAGUGCUGCAUACCACAGCGGUGGAACCCGAACGGUCCUGAUCCAAUACUGGAUGUGGUGAUUGCACUCAUGGCCAUGGGGCUGUACCCUAAUGUCUGUUUGUAUCAAGGCAAACGGAAGGUGCUAACCACAGAAGGCAAGCCCGCUCUAAUCCAUAAGACGUCUGUAAACUGCAGCAAUCAAGAGCAAAAGUUUCCUUCGCCGCUGUUCGUGUUUGGCGAGAAAGUGCGGACGAGAGCGAUCAGCUGCAAACAAACCACCAUGGUCGCGCCAUUGCAUAUUCUUCUAUUUGGUAGCAGAAAAGUCGAAUGGGUGGACAAUGUGGUCCGUUUGGACAACUGGCUAAACUUCGAUAUGUCUCCGCGGUCAGCCGCGCUAGUGGUGGCCCUACGGCCGGCUAUUGAGCGGCUUGUAGAGCGCGCCGCCUCAGAACCUGAUGCUGCUUUGCAGUUUUCGCCCACUGAGCAGAAGGUCCUUAACUGCCUCAAAGCUCUCUGCGUAAUGGAUGCCGGUGAUUACAAUAUCCACCGAGAGACUUCCAUACCUACAUUUAGACCAGACGGGUCAAAACGAGGCUCCUACAGAGGAUGGGGAACAAGUGGGCCCCGUGGUGGAUUUGGGGUUGGUAGUUAUGGUAGCCAAGGCAAUAGUAAUUAUAGUGGAAACCGAAGAGGCUUUGGCGGAAAUAGGGGAGGUUUUGGCGGGAAUCGGGGAGGUUUUGGCAAUAAUCGAGGAGGUUUUGGUAAUAAUCGAGGAGGUUUCGGCGGUAACCGAGGAGCUUUUGGCGGCAAUCAAGGAGGUUUUGGCGGCAACCAAGGAAGUUUUGGCGGUAACCAAGGAAGUUUUGGCGGUAACCAAGGAGGUUUUAACGAUAAUAAAGGUUCCUCUUGGGGCAACUACAAUCGUGGCAGCGGAUUUAGAGGCAGAAGUAACCGUGGAGGCUGGCGAGAAAACUCGUGGUGAAAAUCUCAAUCAUUCCUUGUCAUAGACAAUUCUAUGUUAAUUUUAAAUAAUCUAAUUAUUAAAGUUAUAAAUAAAUACAUCUAAUAAAAAUUA